UUGGUUGCAGCAAGGCUUCUAGUUGUUUCUGCACGGUACGAUUCGUCGGCCCUUCGUUGUUCCUCCAUCAGCAUCAUUCAACAUCACGGCACGCGACAUCGAAGCGGUGAUUUCUGAAUUUGGUAUUUAGUACGCGACAACGAACGAUUAACGAUGGUGUCACUUAAUCCUGUCAGAAUAUUAAAGCAUGAGGCGGAAGAGGAGAAGGCGGAAAUAGCUCGGUUGAGUUCUUUUGUUGGAGCCAUCGCUAUAGGCGAACUGGUGAAAUCCACUCUAGGACCCAAAGGAAUGGACAAGAUCCUUGUCGCCCAUGGACGGUCGGCUGGACAGGUUCAGGUUACUAAUGACGGGGCCACUAUUCUCAAGAGUGUCGGUGUUGAUAACCCUGCAGCAAAAAUACUUGUGGACAUGAGCCGAGUGCAGGAUGACGAAGUUGGCGACGGCACAACCUCUGUAACAGUAUUAGCGGCCGAGUUGCUGAAGGAAGCAGAAAAGCUGAUAGAUCAGAAGAUUCAUCCACAGACGAUAAUUGCUGGCUGGCGUAGCGCUACUGCGGUUGCCAGGGAGGCGCUACAAAACACGGCGACAGAUAAUUCAGCGGAUCCUGAGAGUUUCCGCAAAGAUCUUAUGAACAUUGCGCGAACAACACUUAGUUCAAAGAUUCUCUCUCAGCAUAAAGAACACUUUAGCAAGCUGGCUGUUGAUGCCGUUCUACGUCUCAAAGGGUCAGGAAAUUUAUCUGCUAUACAGAUAAUAAAAAAACGAGGUGCAACUCUUGCUGACUCAUUCCUGGACGAAGGUUUCCUUCUCGAUAAGAAACCUGGAGUUCAUCAGCCACAACGUAUCACCGAUGCUCGCAUUCUGAUUGCCAAUACCCCCAUGGAUACUGAUAAAAUUAAGGUCUUUGGCUCAAGGGUGCGUGUCGAUUCGAUGGCAAAGAUUGCAGAGCUAGAGACUGCAGAAAAGGAAAAGAUGAAGGAUAAAGUUGACAAAAUAGUGAAGCAUGGCUGCAAUGUCUUCAUAAACAGGCAGUUGAUCUACAACUAUCCGGAACAAUUAUUCGCUGACGCUGGUUUGAUGGCCAUAGAGCAUGCAGACUUUGAUGGUAUCGAAAGACUCGCCCUUGUAACUGGCGGUGAUAUAGUUAGCACCUUUGAUCACCCCGAGCUAGUCAAACUCGGCAAAUGCGAUUUAAUAGAGCAGGUUAUGAUCGGAGAAGACUCCCUUCUCCGUUUUUCGGGUGUAGCUCUCGGCGAAGCUUGCACCGUCAUCAUCAGAGGCGCUACUCAACAAAUUUUAGAUGAAGCUGAGCGUUCAUUGCACGACGCUCUCUGUGUACUGGCAGCUACGGUACGCGAGUCGCGAAUCGUAUUUGGAGGAGGCUGCAGCGAGAUGGCUAUGGCUUGUGCAGUAAUGAAAGCCGCCACUGCUACCCCUGGGAAAGAGGCUGUUGCCAUGGAAGCUUACGCUAGAGCUCUUCAGCAGCUACCUACAGUAAUUGCAGACAACGCCGGUUACGACUCAGCUCAGCUAGUUAGCGAGCUCCGAGCCGCGCAUAAUUCAGGAGCCGCAACAAUGGGACUUGAUAUGGAGGAGGGUAAAAUCGGCUGCAUGAAAAAACUCGGAAUCACAGAGUCGUGGGCUGUGAAGCGACAAGUUGUCCUGAGUGCGUCUGAAGCCGCUGAAAUGAUACUCCGAGUUGACAACAUUCUUAAAGCAGCACCGCGAAAGCGGGUCCAGGACCGCGGUCACUGCUAAACGGGGCGUUACUUACCGCUGCAUUCUUUAUAACUUCAUUAAUUGUCCAUUAAUUUGAACUCCGCUUUUCCGCAUCGUGGGUGACUACUAAAACGCGUAACACGCUUAUUUAACCGAACACAACUACACGCAUUUGUAAACCGGCGACGUGAAUUGUCACCAAUUAUUAUUAUCAUUAUAGUUUUACUUAUUAAUGAAACACUUCUAUGAUCGAUAUCGAGCAUAAAAAUAAAUUCGUUUUCAUGUAUGUAUAUGUAUCGCGAAAUAUGUAUACGUAUGUGUAU